CCAGGGCCGUUUGAGGAAGCCCCGCGAGCCCUCGAGGAGACUGUCGUCGCUCGGCAAACACAAACAACAAUAAAAGGAAGGAAACCCGGCGGCAGCGCGCAGGGCGAGCGCAAGGGCCAGCGAGGGCGCGCGGUCCCCGUGUCCCCCUAACGGGGUGCUCCACGGAGGCGACGCGGGCGCGGGGCGGGGGGCGCGGCGGGAGGGCACCCCGUCGGGGUCCUCCCUCCCCGUCCGCGCCCCCGUCUCGCCUGAGGUCCGCCCCGAGGGGGCCCCGAGCACGCCCGCGGCGCGGUGGCCGGCCGGCACCCACCUUCGAAGUCCGAAAUGAUCCCGUCCAGCUGCGCGUUGACCGCGGGGUCGGACAUGGUGGCUCGCGGGCGGCGCGACGCGCGGAGGGCGGCGGCAAUGAAGCGCCCCGGCCGGCACGGGCCCUGCGCGCUGGCUGGGGGGCCGCGCCCGCGCUCCCGCCGUGUAGAGCUGGCCGCCGGAGCCCCUCGGCCCCCGGGCUCGGCUGAAUGAAUGGGGGAGGCGGGCGGGCGCCGGCGCUCCCUGCUCCCCGCGCCGCCGCCCCGCCCCGCCCCCGCCUCCCGGGCGGAUCAGGUUCCCGCACCCGCGGCCCGGCCUCCACUUCUCGCACUGGCUGCUCCGCCCGCCUGUCAAGGUUGGGCCUGGGGGGCUGGGACCCGAGCGGCCGCCGCGGGGACAGGCCGAGUCCCGGGCGCCCGACCCGAGAGCCCCCCUUCUACCCGCCUGGCCCGCGCCCAGGGGACGGCGACGGACGCGGCCCCGGCGCCCUCCCCCCCCGACGCCCCGCUGAGGCCAGAUGUGGGCGGAUGUGGAGGUCGGGCGGCGGCGCGGGGGCGGCGCCGAGGGGGGAAGAGAUUCCUCCCCUUCCCUGGGGCGCAGGGUUCCUUCUGCGGGAGGUUUUAUUUACGCAGCCAAACAAAGUUCGCCGCCGCCUUCCCGCGCGCAGCGCCUCCAAAGGUUAAGCGCUCGGACUGGCGGCCGGCAGGAGCCCAGCAUGUUGGCCAAGAGCCGAGGGGCGAGCGCCAGUCACGUGACCCGGGGCGGGGAGGGGGGCGCCAAAUCCCACCCUCUUGGGGCACCUCUCCAGCUGCUCCCUACCCCCAGCCCACCGCCCCCGAGGUCGCUGCUGCACCCUCGGGGGCGGUGUCAGAAAAGGCGCUGGCCCACCGGGGACGCGGGGCAGGGACGGAACACCCUUGUCAGAACCGCCAGGGACACGUGCCACUCCAACGCUGCACAACAAGGGGCUUCCUGAAGGCAGAGCGUAGACCCCAUGUUCUCCCUGUGGCGCUAAACAUACUUAAGCUUAUCUCCUCAGGGAGCCCAGCCAGGGUGCAUGCCUCACCAAAAUGCUCCCCUAUGGGAACCCAAAGGACAAUGGCAGGAGGGAGCAGACCUCCAGGGCCAGAAUGUUGGCAGGACUGUGCUCCAGACCCCGUCCAGUCCAUCCCCCUGCCUGCCUCUGGCCCCCCUUCACUUAACCACUGAGGCUGCCGUUGCCAGGCCUAGACACCUCCAGGUAAGGAGAUUCCCCCCUGUUCCCUGAGGAAACCGACCCCGGCACUUGGCCACACUCCCAGCCAGGAAGUUCACCCUUGUAUCUAACCAACCGCUCUAAUUGUACAUCAUUUAUUUCCUCUUUUUUUCUGUCCUCAGAGGAGAUGGGAAACAGCUGGGCACCACCCUUCGAGUAAUAAUUACCUCCUCCAAACUCGAAGACAAUCCAGUUGCUCCUUGGCCUUCUCUUCCUCAGCUUAAAUCAUCUGGCCCCGGCCCUUUAAUCAUCCCCCAUCCUUUGAUCACUUCUGAUGACUGUGUCCAAAUUGGGGCUCCAGGACUUUAAUAAGGCCUGAUCCCUGUAGGAUGGGGAGGGUGCCCUGACCCCCUGUCCCAGGGCAUGAGCAGUCAGGGCCGGGGUCUGGACAGACAGUCCUGGUAGGGGCGCUGGGCAGAUAAAAUCAGCAGCAGCAGCAGAAGAGGGAAGAAAAUGAGCUUAAAUUUGGCGAGAGCAAAAGAACUGCAAUGCGUCCAAAUUCUGUGAUGGUGCGCUCUCCCAAGGCCACGGGGGAAGGCAAGACCGUUUGUAGGCCUGGCCCAAGGGAAGGUGUGAUCAGGGGGACAUCAGAGGGGCCACCUACCUCACAGGUCCACCAUGAGACAUGUAGUGGGGUGCAUGGUGGGCCCCCCAAAAGAUAUGUCCAUUCCGAACCUCAGAAUGAGACCUGACUUGGUAUAAGGAUCUUUGCAGACGAAUGAAGCUAAGGAUCUUGAGACAAGAUCACCCUGGAUUAGAGUGAGCCCUGAAUCCAAUGACCAGUGUCCUUAUAGAGACCAAAAAGGAGAAGACACAGAGGCGCAGAGAAAAGGGCCUCGUGAAAUCAGAGGCAGGGAUGGGAGUGAUGCAGCCACAAAUCAAGUAACACUUGGGACCCCAGAAGCUGGAAGCAGCAGGACUCUUUCCCAGAGCCUUCGAAGACAGCUUGCCCUGCUGACACCUUGAUUUCAGGCUCCUGGUCUCCAACUGAGAGAGAAUAAUUUUUUGUCCUGUUAAGCCCCUCCCAGUUUGUGGUUCUUUGUUACAGCAGCCCCAGGACACUCCUACAGACCUUAAAUUCCCAUCUGAAUCAUCCCUUUAGGCCAAAGCUGCCUCUCCCAAAGAUGUCUCAUAAGCCCCAAAUCCUGCAGUCGGCAGUGAACGCUGGCCAGCAGGUGGCAGUCCCGAGGGGGCUCGGGGGCACUCAGACAGCAAGUUUUCAUCAGGAAAGCUGGAGGCCAGGGCUGGGUGAGAAAGGUAUAAAUAUGAAGCCUUUCUGGAGAUGGAAGGAGCAGGCCUGAAGGGAAACCCCACAGGUCCAGCCCAGGUGGAGUGACCCUUGCAAAGCAUGGGGAGAAUGGGAGGAGGAAGUAGAUGGGCAGAAACAGCCAUUUGGCUCACCCAUCAGUACCCCUGACCCCACGCUCCAGGGGGGUGGCAUGGGGAGCAGAGGGAGGAUGGUGGCCCUUUGCCCAGCAAAACCAGGCCUUUGAACCGGACACCCCAUGCAGUGGACCAUCUGGCUCCUCUGGGGCAGGGGCCAUAUGGUCUCAGCUCUACGUGCACCUAGCGCCCCGCAGGGCCUCCCUGAGCCCCAGAGCCUCGGGUCCAUCGGCUGCUGAGCCUUCCACAGCCCCCAAGCCCCUUCAGCCCACCAUCUCGGUAAAUGGCACCAGAAUCUACCUAGCCACUCAAGGCAUCACCCUCGAGUUCUCCCUUUCCCUCCCCACCACAUCCAAGCCAUCAGGAAGCGUCUGCCUCAGAAAUAUCCGUGGAUCAGUCUACUUCCCUCCUCAAGUUCCCCCUCUCCAGCCCACCCCCUCUGCCAGAGGUAUGCUGCCUAAGGUUUAACAACCAGCAAAACAACUGUACCUGAUAUGUAGCAUUUGCCUAGUUCUGCGGUGUAAGUGUUCCCAUCUUGGCCAGUUUGGGGCUACCAAUGAGACACCGUUGAAACUGGGACUGGAUAUCGUUUAUAUGUGGAAACUAAAAAAUGGUACAAAUGAACUUAUUUACAAAACAGAAAUAGAAUUACAGAUGUAGAAAACAAACUUAUGGUU